AUGAGUACCGGAUUAAAUACUAUUGCAGCAUUUUGCAUCUUAUCUUUGCUCUUUUGUUCGAAUAUGGAUGCUUUGAAAAUCGCUGUGCUACCUAUGCCUGCAAAUAGCCAUAUCAUAUCCAUGAAAACUGUUUCAGAAACACUGAUAAAGAAAGGUCAUCAGGUCAGCAUAAUCCUACCAGAAGACAAAUGUUCGAUGAUGAAUAAAAUCCAUACUAUUCCAUUUAAGACGAUGGAGUUUAAAGGCGUUCAAGGUGAAAAAGAAGUGACAGGAAUCGUGGGAAUACUGAAACUAAUGUUCUCCGUCCAAGGGACAUUUUGUCGUGACAUGCUCCGUAAUGGUACAAUAAGUACGCUAAUCAAAGAUUAUGAUAUCAUCAUCACCGACUCUAUGUACCUUUGCAGCUUUAUGCUCCCUCAAAUUGUUAACAAACGCAAUAUCAUGAUUGGCAUACAAGGAACACUACUAUCUCCUAUUGGAUAUCCAGCCUAUCCUAGUAAUCCUGCUUAUAUACCUCAAAUGGGAACGACUUACAGUUCUAAAAUGAACUUUUUUCAACGUGUUAAAAACACAAUAGCUGCAUGCUUAAAAGAACUCGUACUGUUUAACGUUAUGAACUAUUUAGCAUACUCUAUUAAACAAGAAUUCAACAUCAGACCCGAUUUAGGAUUUUAUGAAUUAAUGUUAUCGCCAGAAAUGACUUUAGUAGCCGGAGAUUUCGCUGUAGAUUAUGCACGACCUAUACCGCCAAAUAUGAAACUAAUAGGACCAAUAUCAAGUGUACCAGCAUCUCCAUUACCUGAAGAUCUAGAAAACUUUAUGGAGAGUUCGGGAGAACACGGUGUAGUUCUUGUAUCUAUGGGAACAAUUUUUGAAUUUCCUGAAAGUCUGAUACCGACAUUAGUAGCUGGCUUUAAAAGACUUGAACAGAAAGUUCUAUGGAAAACUAGAUUAAACGUUAAGAAUCCUCCAGAUAACGUUAAAAUAGUAAGAUGGAUGCCACAAAAUGAUAUUUUGGGUCAUCCAAAAUUAGGAGCAUUUGUAACCCAUGGUGGAUCAAAAGGCAUAUACGAGGCCUCUUAUCACGGUGUUCCAUUAAUUGGUAUACCGAUACAAACCGAACAGCAAUUAAAUAUAGGAAAGGCAAAAGCUGCAGGGGUAGCUAUAAGUCUGGACAAAAAUAAUCUUACACCUGACGUUAUCGUUGAGGCAGUGGCAGAAAUUACUAACCCAUGGUAUAAAGGAAACGCUACUCGAAUAUCUAGGAGCAUACAAUCACGACCUAUACCACCAAGAGAAGCUUUAGUACAAUGGAUCGAAUAUAUUCAUCAUAACGAUGUCAGCCACUUAAAACCUGUAGAGCUUAAUAUGCCGUGUAAAAUAAGGCCCAAUGCAACUGGUUUGGAUGAUUUCUUUUAA